GAAUUAUAGCAUGCUAACACAUGGCCCCACCAUUAGCCAAUCGUUGCAUAGUAAUAUAGUAUUAAUCUACGUCCAAUAGUCCAAGUAGCUAGCAAAUCAUAAUCUUAAGAAAAAAGAUAGUUUUUAUUUUCGUUUCUUUCCCUAUAUUUUCCUUACUUGCUUGCUUCAAUAUAUAAAAAAGGUAACACACCUAUUCAAGAAUAUCAAGAGUAAAUUGCAAUAUACUAAAAAAAAAAUAUCAAAAAAAAAAAAAAAACCUUUUCAACGCAAUUCUCUUGAAAUAAUGCAUGCUAGCACCAUGUGCUCAUAUUAAAUUAUCAACAUUUUCCUUCACUUUAGCUUUUUAUGUAUAUAAUUUCUUGCUUAUAUAUAUAUAUACAUAAUCUCAAUCUAUAUAUAUGUAUGUACUUUACAAUAUACACACCUUAAUUAUAUUCAUUACUCAUAGUUACAAAGAAAUUUUAUCAUUUUAUCAUAAAGUACAAAAGCUUAUUUCAAAGAAAAAUGGAUUAUGACUUUUCUUCUUCUAGCAAAAUCCUAGGAAGGCAAUCAACGGUAGGCUCAUGCUCUUCUAGGCUCUACUACGGGCGGCCCCUGGAAGGGAAGGCUUUCGUGUGGGAGGCUCAGCCAGGGAAGCCCAUCACACCACCACCGGAUGAUAUCUUACCACCCCUUAGCCCACCACCCGCAGUGCUAUCAAUGAACCUUCCGAAACCCUACUUCAAUGUCGAAGAUGAUGAGCCUAAGGCGAAAAAGUGGUCUAGUGCAUGGCUAGUGAAGAAACUCAAGAAAACUAUGGCAGGUCAUUACAACUAUAAAGUUGUAGGAAUUAUUCCUAGAAAGAUUAUCUUUUAUAAUGAAAGGAAACACCAUCAUGAACAAGAACAACGAAAUUUCGAGUCACAAAGGUAUGGUCAUAGUGAAUCAGCUCGUUAUUCGAGCUCUUCGUUUGCAUCAACGUUGACAUCUUCAUCAGCUAAUUCGUUUAGGGAUGAUAGAACUUCAAGCAACGUUAAUAAUCUAAGUACUAAGGCUUUGUUUCGUGGGAAGGCGUUUACUUGUAACCCUAAGGGAUUGAGUGACAUAGUUGUAUUUUUAGGUAAAAAGUCUUGAUUAAUUGUUUUAACCUCCUUUUUUAUGUUUUGAGAUGUUUUUUUAGCUUGAAACUUGUGUCAUGCAAUAUGGUAUUUAACGUAGAGUUUCUAAUUAAUUUAAACAUUUGGUAAUCUUUGUGUUUGCUUCUUUGAUUCAUGUAAUUUGUGAUUAUGAGAUUAAUAUAUUUUCUAUAAUUCAUACUUGAUUCUUCAAUUUAACCUUAUUUCAAGUUAUCACUUAUGAGUGAUAUUAUGGAGAGUGGGAUUAGGUGCAAG